AUGGAGUACCCUGCCCCCACUGCUCGCGCCUGCUACACCUGCGGCAACACCGACCACCAGGCUCGCGACUGCCCUCAGAAGCCCGCUGCUAAGUGCUACAACUGCGGAGGACCCGGUCACAUGAGCCGUGACUGCCCCGAGCCCCCCAAGGACAACAAGGCCUGCUACAAAUGCGGCCAGGCCGGCCACAUCUCGCGCGACUGUCCUCUUAGCGGAGGCUCCGGCCAGGCCACCGAGUGCUACAAGUGCGGCGAGGUCGGUCACAUUGCCCGCAACUGCCAGCGCUCCGGAUACGCUGGCGGUGCUGGUGGCGGUGCCGGUGGCUAUGGUGCCGGUGGCUUCAACGGUGCCUCCGGCAAGACCUGCUACUCGUGCGGUGGCUACGGCCAUAUGUCCCGCGAGUGCGUCAACGGCAUGAAGUGUUAUAACUGCGGCGAGUCGGGCCACUACUCGCGCGACUGCCCCAAGGAGUCGUCUGGCGGCGAGAAGAUCUGCUACAAGUGCCAGCAGGGCGGACACGUCCAGUCGCAGUGCCCCAACAACUAA